AUGGCAGCAAUCGAUCCUCUCAACAUCAACUAUAUCAAACAGGCUCGAGAACUCUUGUGCUACAUUACGGACGACAUUCGGCCGAAAUGUGCAACAGUGCUUGUUGUCAUCGAGCAGCUCCUCUCUGCAGUUCGCAUUGAUCCAACCUCACUCUUGCAUUGUCUCUCCGACGCUCUCGCGACGCCAGAACUAACAUGGCUUGUAGCAAGACUAUUUCGGCCCAUAUUGAUUGACCUGGCGUCUCGAUGGCUUAACUCGGCCAAUCCGUUCACCUUGGACCGCCUCUUCUGCAUAGCUUACCUGCUUGAGGUCCACGAGGAGCUCUAUCCCAUUCUCAUCCGUCUACUAGAUACGGCGCCAUCGGCUGAGGUCGUAUUGACCUCAGGUGAAAACAUGGAGAUGCCGCUAGCAGUAGAGCGUUGCCAUGCCGUGCUGCUCACUUAUUAUCGGCUCCUUGUGGUCAAUCCAGGGCUAUCUCGUUGCUUGCAACUGUCUCAAAAGCUUCUGAAGUCCAUGAUGGAAAGCCAUCCUGAUCGAGGAACCCGGCUCUUGUCUGUGCUUUGUUUCGCCCUACACGGCGGGCUCAGUGAGUCUGAGCGGGACGAUCUUGUGACCACCUGCUUAGGCGACUUUGCUGUCCGCGACGCUACAGUGCAUGUAGGUCAUGUCUGUGGUUGUGGAAUGAACGCUCUGGAUCUAUCUGUGCAAGACGGAUGGCUGCUUCCUGUGUCGGAACGCAAGAGAAUAUUGGAAUUACGGGCAGCAUUGCAGGACGAUCCCGGCUUCUACAAAUGGAACCAGGCUGAUCACGAGCAUGGAAGGCUUUUGAACGAUACAGACCUCGCAGGGAGCAUAAUGUCAAUAUGUGGCGUGUUGGUCCUUCGACAAGCUGCACCUUUCGAGCCAGUCAUCUCGCCCAUUGCAACAAAUUUCGUCGUGACAAAGUCUGCCUAUCCCUGUCUACGAGAUCUUGCUCUCCACUAUUCUCAGAAAUUGCCCUGCCUCCUGUCUUCAUCGCCAUCUGCGGGUAAAACAAUCAUGCUCCAACAUUUGGCACAAAUGGUUCACGGCAGCGCUUCUCAGAUCGUGUCCAUACAUUUGGCGGACACCUCUCUGGAUGCCAAAUCACUUUUGGGCACCUAUACCUCCUCAUCAGUUGUCCCUGGAUUAUUUGAUUGGGUUGAUGGACCGCUUGUCCGUGCUAUGAAGCUCGGCAAGUGGCUGGUAUUAGAAGAUAUAGACAGGGCAGCACAGGAUGUCCUCAGCACCCUUCUUCCACUAUUGGAGAGUAUGGGCUCUCGCCGCCGGAUAGGAUCCCAACCAUCUGUGGACGUGCCGGGCCGUGGUCGAGUGUUCGCAGACAAUGAGUUCAUGGUUUUUGCUACACGCUCCGUACCAUCCUUUGUCCCGAUCAUCCCCACUGCCGGUAAUUCUCGGCCAUUCUCGGCACCAAGGUUCUUGGGUCAUCAGCAUUUCUCCGAAAUAGCCCUUCCGGUCCCAACUCUUGAUGAGCUUCCGCUCAUCAUACACGAAGGCUUUCCAAAUUUGCACGAUGACUUGAUCCCUCUCAUUAUUCUCAUUUGGAACACGGCUCGCGAAGCUAUCUCUGUCCUGCAAGGAGAUGCCAAGGAUAUCGAUCUGUUAGCACUCAACCGCUUGUGCCGCCGUGUUUCAUGCCUCGCCACCGUCAAAGCUGAACUUAGUCGGAAACCCGUUUCCCAUGAAAAAAUCGCACUCAGCCAUGCAGCGCGGGAGGAAAUUUUCUUGGAAGCACUUGAUAUUUUCGUUGGACACGUGUCACAUUCAUUACAAGAGGGACAGCCCAGAGAAAUUAUCGACACGAUUGCAGCUUGUUUAGGCCUAUCUAGCGAACGCAUUCAAUGGGUGCUUUCUCAGCGUAUUCCGGAGCUUCAGUCUUCUGCACUGGAUGGUUCAACCGCCCUUGUUAUUGGUCGAGUUUCUACUCAACGGAUUCAUCGUCAUGUUGUCCUAAAGUCCCACCGACCAUUUGCUUUUCAUCGACAUUCACUGCGACUGCUCGAACAGCUGGCUGUUGCAGUGUCUGCAAUGGAGGCGGUCUUGUUGGUCGGAGAGACAGGAACUGGCAAAACCACCGUCGUUCAACACCUUGCUUCUAUGUUCGGCCACUCCUUGAUCGCACUGAAUUUAUCGACACAGACGGAGACGGUGGACAUAGUCGGCGGGCUAAAGCCAAUUGAUCCUCGUUUGCCCGCUAUUACGCUGCAGGGUCGCUACAUGGAUAUUUUUUCAAGUACAUUCAGCCGAAAGCGAAAUUCCGAUUUUGUUGACUCCGUGCGCAAGGCCUUUUUUCAAGGUAGGUGGCUGCGCCUUUGCAGUCUCUGGCGAGAGUCAGCCAGGCUUGCACUUGAGCGAGUCAGCCGGAAGGAGGCCGAAGGUGACAAUGACUCGCACCAAGGGCAGGAAUCUUCAAAGCCAAAGAAGCGACGAAGAGUUGACAAAAUAUUUGAUCAAGAGGCAUCCGAUUCUGCAAGCCUAUGGACAGAGUUUGUGGCAGAUGUAAAUGCGUUUGAAAUUCAACAUCUUGAUCCGAACGCCCGGUUUGUGUUUUCCUUCGUAGAAGGACCACUAGUGAGAGCAUUGAGGAGCGGUGAAUGGAUUCUUCUAGACGAGAUAAAUUUAGCGUCGCCCGAGGUGCUCGAGAGCAUUCUUAGCAUCCUCGAGGGACCAACUGGCUCUCUCACGCUCACGGAGAAGGGCGAACUGGAGCCAGUUCCUCGUCAUGUGGAUUUCCGACUCUUCGCCUGUAUGAAUCCUGCCACUGAUGUUGGCAAGAGAGACCUACCUCACCGACUUCGAAAGCACUUCACGGAGAUCUUCGUUCCACCGCCAGAGACUGACAAGGGUGUGCUGCUUGCCGUGGUGGAGCAGUAUCUUGGCGGACACGCACUGGGUGACCGAUCAUGUCUCCUGGAUGUUGCUGAACUAUAUCUCAAAAUCAAAGAUAUGGUAUUAAAUGGCAACCUGGCUGACGGUACCAACCAGGCUCCACAUUAUAACAUGAGGACUCUUACACGAGCAAUGACUUACGCUGCCGAUCAAAAUCAAAUCUUCGGCUUGCGCCGCGCACUUUGGGAGGGGUUUCUGAUGUGCUUCGCAAUGAGCCUUGACCAAACGAGUUCCAGGGUAGUUCGCCAAGCAAUGGAAGACAGUUUACUGGGAAGGCUGAAAAAUCCGAAGUCACUUCUGCGCCAAGUUCCAACCAUACCUGGACCAUCCUAUACAGAUGAAUUUCUGCCCUUCUAUGUAGAGAAGGGACCUGUCCCGAUUCCUGAGAUCGACGGAGGUUAUAUUCUAACCCCUUCUGUUCGGGCGAAACUUGGGGACCUGGCGCGAAUUGUGAGCGCAAAGGGGCUGCCUGUUCUGAUACAAGGACCAACAUCGAGCGGAAAGACGAGCUCCAUAGAAUAUCUAGCCCGGAGAACAGGCCAUAGAUUUGUUCGGAUCAACAAUCAUGAACAUACCGACAUUCAGGAGUACCUGGGCAGUUAUGUUUCGGACGCUUCCUCCGGGAAGCUCAUUUACAAGGAUGGACUCUUGAUCCGUGCCUUGCGCCAAGGCGACUGGAUCGUUUUGGAUGAACUGAAUCUGGCCCCUAGUGACGUAUUAGAGGCACUGAAUCGACUGCUGGACGAUAAUCGAGAACUGAUUAUUCCUGAAACAGGCGAAGUCGUACAUCCUCAUCCGCAUUUCGUUUUGUUUGCCACCCAAAACCCACCAGGCUUAUACGCAGGCCGCAAGCCCCUUUCUCGGGCUUUUCGCAAUCGAUUCGUUGAAAUGCACUUCGAUGAUGUACCGGAAGAAGAACUGGAAAUCAUCUUGUGCCAAAGGAGCAAGAUCCCCCCCUCCUACGCCCAGCGUAUCGUUUCUGUGUUCAAAGAGCUUCAGCGACGUCGUCAGGCCAGCCGAAUCUUUGAAACAAAACAGAGUUUUGCAACUCUGCGAGAUCUCUUCCGUUGGGCCGAUCGUGGUGCUUCCAGCGUGCAGGAGCUGGCGGAGCAUGGCUUCAUGUUGUUGGCGGAGCGAACAAGACACGCAGACGACAAGGAUGUCGUGAAACAAGUCUUGGAAGAGGUGCUUAGAGUGACAAUAGUGCCCUCCUUGCUCUACGGACCUCCUUCAAGUACACCCUUCGUCACCCAACGACUGGUUCUGACAUCAGCUACGCAGAGGCUUUGGACUCUUCUGAGUGAAGCUGUUCGUCACAGUGAGCCUGUCCUUUUGGUCGGUGAAACAGGGACCGGGAAGACAACCGUCUGUGAUCUACUGGCUUCUGUUUUUGGCAGACCUCUUUAUACGGUCAAUUGUCAUUUGAACACGGAGACAAGCGACCUGAUAGGUGGCCUCCGACCCAUACGAGACAAAACACUCCGACGUGACCGAAUGAUGACUGAACUCAGAGUCCAGAUGGAGGAAGCUGGAUACAGUGCGUCCCAAUAUGGUUCUCUAAACUCGGAGAAUCUUCGAGAGACCAUCCAAUCUAUGCAGCGUCAAUCUGAUCUGCCUUCCGGAGUUGCUUCCAUGCUUUCGCAAAUCACCCAGGAGCUACUGUAUUUCGACUCUUGGGUAGAGUGGAAAGAUGGUCCAUUGCUUGAGGCCAUGCGACGUGGAGGCUUUUUCUUACUUGAUGAGAUAUCUUUGGCCGAUGAUUCUGUUCUUGAGCGCUUGAACAGUGUGUUGGAACCUUCUCGAACAUUGGUUCUAGCAGAAAUGGGUGGCGGGGACAUCGAAAAUUUGACUGUUCAAGCCCACGUGGAUUUCCAAUUUCUGGCAACCAUGAACCCUGGGGGGGACUAUGGGAAGAAAGAACUCUCUCCCGCCCUUCGUAAUCGAUUUACCGAGAUCUAUGUGCCCAAUCUAGACAAUCACCUUGAUCGUCGUCUCAUUAUUGCUCGCAGCUGGGCGAGUUCCGAGCUCGAUGUCUAUACAGAUGCACUGUUGAGCUUUUGGGAGUGGAUUGAGAGGUCAUUUGAUGUGAAGCACAGGUUCGGGUUGAGAGACAUUUUGGCGUGGAUCCAGUUUAUGAACAAGCUCACCCUAGAGAGAGACACUCGGCUAUCAUUGGCAGCUUUGUUUCAUCACGCAGCUCGCAUGACGUUUGUAGAUGCGCUGGGUUUCUCCGAGGGUGCCCGAAAUCAAGGCCCCAAGCCGUAUGCAUCCAUUGCCACCACAAUGGACAAGCUGCAGGAACUAGUGCCACUGCGCCCGAGUGACUUAGCAACCUUCACACCUGUUUUGAACGACGAUUUCCGAGAAUUUCGGAUCGGGUGUUUUGGAUUGUUAAAAGGACCGUUGCUGUCCUCUUCAACGGCCUUCAGCUUCGUCGCUCCCACAACGCAGGAGAAUGCGAUGCGACUCCUCAGAGCAGCACAGCUGCCCAAGCCGAUCCUUCUCGAAGGCAGUCCCGGUGUUGGCAAGACGAGUCUGAUAAUCGCGCUAGCCAUGGCAGCUGGCCGCAGUCUCUGUCGCAUCAAUCUUUCCGACCAAACAGAGCUUACCGAUUUGUUUGGUUCGGAUCUUCCAAUUGAGGGAGGUCAUUCUGGGGAAUUCGGCUGGAAGAGUGCCUCGUUUCUUCGAGCUAUGGAGCUUGGCGAGUGGGUACUACUGGAUGAAAUGAACCUGGCCCCGCAACCUGUGCUUGAAGGACUUAAUGCCGUGCUGGAUUAUCGUGGACAGGCUUACAUUCCAGAGCUCGGAAGGACGUUUCAUUGUCACCCUGAUUUCCGGGUAUUUGCUGCUCAGAAUCCUCUCCAACAAGGCGGUGAUCGCAAAGGUCUUCCAAAAUCAUUCCUCAAUCGAUUCACUCAAGUUUAUAUAUCAGAGCUAACCGAUUCCGAUUAUCAUGCUAUUUGCCAUCAUCUUUACCCCGAGGUGUCAGUUGACCACUUAGAGCGAUUGAUACGUUUCAAUCGAAUCGUAUCUCAAGAGAUCGCAAACGGGAGUUUCAGCAGCCAGGGCGCGCCAUGGGACUUCAAUCUUCGCGACUUGCUUCGAUGGCUGGGGCUAUACCAACACAGUCUGCCCUCUGGAUCUUUGGACAUAGCUUGCCGGCGUUCUUUCCGCUUGAUCUAUCUCGCUCGACUGAGAGCACUCGGCGAUGUAGAGCGUAUGACUGACAUAUUUGCGGACAUAUUUGGGAAGGAAGGAUUGCAACACGUAGCUGGACGUCGCUGGUUUGAGUCUACAGAGCGCCAUGUUCAAUUUGGCCACGUUGUAUUUCCAAGGCUGGCUUUCAGCUCUUCUGACAACAUGUUUGCUAUCCUAGACACUCAGAUGGAAGUCCUCGAGCAUGUCGCAACCGCUGUUCGCCAAGCUUGGAUGGUCAUUCUCACAGGCGAUCGCAAUUCCGGAAAGUCAACCCUGAUACGUUUACUGGCACGCGCAUCCGGGGUUCCGCUGCAUGAUCUCAGUAUAAAUUCGGCUUCAGAUGCCGGCGACCUGCUCGGUGGAUAUGAACAAUGGACCCUCGAAGCGGAGUGUCUCGAUCUCAGCUCAAGAACUCAAGCCUUGCUUCGCGAGCACGUCGUAAGUCAUCCCCAUGAUCGUCUUUUCGUAGAAGACAUGUGCAACGAACUCCAAGUGAUCCUAAGGUCCGACGGAGGCCCCAUCGCCGAUCGUAGGUUCUCUACGAUCGUUGCGCAUUGUUUCCAGAUGGUUUCAUGGCUUUCUGAGCGCCGCGCAGAUCCCGUGGUGGAGAAACUUAUUCAGGAUCUACAGCAAGAAUCCACACCCACGAAUUAUAAGGGCCGAUUCAAGUGGAUCGAUGGACCCGUAGUCCGCGCCAUGCGUGAAGGGCACUGGCUCAUGAUAGACAAUGCAAAUCUUUGCAACUCAGCAGUUUUGGACCGGCUCAAUUCUGUGCUGGAGAACAACGGCAAACUCCUUCUCAACGAGCGCGGGCUGGUUGAUGGAAGUGUCCAGGAGAUACAGCCUCAUCCGGAAUUUCGUAUCAUCAUGGUUAUUGACCCGCAGUACGGGGAGUUGUCACGGGCGAUGCGUAACCGUGGGGUGGAGAUAUUCGUUCGCUCGCCAUUCGACGAAGAAAGAGAUCGUUCUCGGAUUCAACACGUUGUUCGAUGUCUGCCCACGCUUCCUACAACAGAGGAAAAUUUCAGCUUCGUUCUACAAGGGAAGAGAUUGCGUUUGGGCUUGCUUUUGGCCCCUGCUGAUGGAGAAAGCCGGCUCCCAGCUACUUUGUUUCUGUACGAUUCACUUGCGAUCACCCACAGCAAAUUAGCCCGACAAAUCCUUCCCAUCGAUGCUCUCAGCAUCUCUGGAGAAGUUCGAGCUCGGGUAGUAUACUUGGGGCAAGCUACACGGCGCGACUCUCACUCUCUCUUCCGACGCAUGUGUGUUCUGUUGCAACCCGGCAACACACGUGACCUCGUGCCUUAUCCGUCCUUCGUUGAAGAUUUCAUGAGUCGAGACAGACUUGUGCUUGCUACUAAAUUGUCUUUGUCCUCCUCUUUCAUCGCGAAUCUGCCAUUUGACCCUGCUCUAAAUCCGAUCUUCGACGACUUGCUUUCUACUCUGGCACUUGAAAGGGAGACAUUUUGCUCCGAUAUUGUCCCUUUAAUGGUGUCCACGACUUCCCAGACGGAAGAUAAUCAUGUCGUGACUAAGCUCUUGCAAUCGUCUAGCACCACUCCAGGAGCGCUAUUCAUGCGGAGUGCGGCCCAGCUGUCAGUGACGGCCAUUGACGAUGUGCUUUCCUUUGUGCGGUUGUGCUUAACUGAUAUUCGAUCCUUUUCCGAUACGAAGGAAGUCACCCAGCUCCUCCUGGAUUUGGUGGAUUUCAUCCACGCGCUGCAAAUAGCAUUAUUAAACACAGCAGCAAAUUAUUCCGUCAUUGCCGUUAUCACUGGAUGGUUGAGGCACAAUGCACUCAUGUCGAACCCAGCCUUUGCUAAUACGUCGAGGACUCUGCUUUUUGUGGAGAACAGCGUUCGGUUGCACAGGGGUACUGGGAUGUUCGCACUGUGGUUUAGCUUGUGGAAUGGAUUUGCGCGAACAGGCUUCAGUUAUGGCAUUGAGUGCUCUCCUUUCCUCCAUUCAGAUGUAUCAAGUGCAGAUCGCCGAGCUGAGGGAGCCGAAGUGUCUUCUAUGCGGGAUGGUCCGCGGGAAAUGAGUCUUGGACGCCCAAAUAGUCACGACGUCUUCGGGUACAAACAGGUAGAUGACACAAAUUCAUUGAGGCAGGAGGAAGAUGUGCCUGGUAGCGACCGCUACGAAGUCUGUGACACAUGGACUGUCGUCCUCUCUGCCCUGGAAUACGUUGCCUUGUUCCCUAACUCUGAGGGCACGUCUCUUAUAAAUGUAGACUUCCCAUUCAACAGUAGGAGUGACCCAAUCUCGCAGUUGUUCACGUGGACAAAUGUCUUCACGUGUUACCAUCGCAACACAAUACCGAACUUCUCCUAUAUACCGCAUCUGAUAUUCCAAUGGCUCGACUCAUUGAAAGCCUUUUGGACCGGUCGCGAACAUCAACGCGAUCUCAACCCAGCUCUUGUGUUUAGCUCGAUCGAACUCCAUAAUACGGUCAAGGCUUCGGCAGAGCCAUGCACAAUCGCAUCCCUGAAGAAGGUGAAGGCAGCAUUAGAGAAGCGGGUGAAAGCUGUUGCACUUGUCACCCUCUCAAAUCCCCCGAGCCGUUCAAAUCAAAUGCGACAAGUCAUCGUGGCCUUCAUUCAGUUUUUGUGUGGUGGAGUUGCGUCUCCACAGCAUCGUGACCUCCUUGAUGCUCUUCGGUUUUCCUCUCUGGGAGGGUCUCUUGAGAGCCGCGGCAAAGCAUGGCUCGAUGCUCUCCAGCAGACCGGCAAUGGCAAGCUCUUCAAUGUCCUUGCAUCCUUCAUUCAGCCGGCAAUUUCGCCACUUUUCCGACUGCCAAGCUCAGACUCAGCGAAUCUCCUUCACUUAGCGAAGGCUUGGGUCGCCCUUUCCCGGGGAUUACGAGAGUUGUAUUUGCCAGAUAAACCCACCGACCCUCUGGUCAAUAUCACCUCCCAAAUGGAAUUCCUGGAGGAACGUAUGAAAACACUAAGAGCACAGUUGGGACUCCACCGACGGAGCGAAUGGUUUGCUAAUGGACAUGGCACCAAUUCGCGGAUCGAUAGUCUCAUGCAAAGACUAAGCAAGACAGAACAGGACCUCGCAGCAAUCGAUCCUCCACCUAUCACUCGCUCCUCCGAUCCAAACAUUAUCAACGCCUUUUUCGGCGAGAUCGAGCAGUUCAUGCAGCAAGUUCUAGAUACAACACGGGUAGAUCGACUCCUCCACGACUUGACAGAAGAAGCUGCGGGACCUCAAACAUUGCGCAUGGCAGAGGUGAUCGAUCAUUCAAUCGAUGCGUUUGUGCAAAGAAUUCGCGAGGUGUAUGCACCCCUAUUCGAUCUUGUGUUUGGGGCCAUUUUGUGCAUGCGUUCGCUGCAAGUCGGCAUCAAGCUUGCCUCACGGGUUGCAACGCUGGAGGAGACAAAGACGGGGACGGCCCCGGUGACGACUCCCCUUUUAUUGACCCAAUUCCCUGCAGCAGCAACAAUAUCUCGGGUCUGCGAUGGAUCCCGUCGUAUUCCUCAUGUUCCACCCAACUUGCUCGUGACAAACGACAUCCUCUUGACUAUAUGCCUCAUGGCCACGAGGAGCUAUCUCCAUCCACUAUUACAACCAGACAUCGAUCUCAUCGAGCCGUUAUAUGAACUGCUCUACUCCCGUUGGUCAGACCAACAAGACAAAAACGAAGCCGAACGUUUGAACAAACAAAGUUUGUACCGUUAUCGAUCAGAAAAUGAAAUCAACCACGAUGAAUCAGAGGAGCAAACAAUGGAAAGGGAACUCCACUUGCUCUUUCCUGACUUCGAAGUGGAUGUUUUCCUGAAACCAGAAGCUGGCUCCACCUCACAUUUUCACGCGUCAGGCUGGGGAACGAAUACCAGUCUUCGAAUAUGGACGAUCCACCAAAUUCUUUUUGCCAGCUCGAAACAUGCCUCCACCAUGGCUGUGGAUGUUGUCAAAACUCUUGUGGCCGAGAUUCAUUCAGAGCAGCUGGCUGGUAUCGAUUUUUGUCAGCUUCCCGAUGCCCUGGAUGCAGGGAGCCAACUGUUCAGGCUCAACUAUCUGAACGACGCGUUGUCGAGCCUGUCGUAUGACGAGCAUGUACAUUCAAGAAACAGCGAUUUCUACUGGGGCAAGAAUAUACCCGAGCUGGAGAAGGUUUUCCUAAUACUGUCGGAGCUCGAUGCAAGGCUGGUUCACCUUUUGCCCCUAUGGCCAGAACAAGCGCUGCUCCGCGAGAUUCAGCCUCGCUGCAGAACAGUGCUCGCUCAGUCAUUAGAAUCUUCUCUGGCUCGGAUAUUGCCGAGUCUCGAAAGCCUCGUCCAUCAUAUCGGUGCAUGGGAGGAGUUUGCCAAUCGCGAAAACUCCUUAUUAGCUUUCCAGAAAAGGCUUGUUUCGUUGAUCGUUGAAUGGAGAAGAAUGGAAUUAGCGUGCUGGGCGACGCUUCUUGAUUCUGAAGAGCGGUUAUUCUCCCGGGAAACGUCACAAUGGUGGUUCCUGAUUUAUGGAGCUGUGACCAGGCCCUCUACUGGUUUCAAUGGUCAAGUGGAUCUAAAGGAGCUGUGCUCUCUCUUGGACGAUUUUCUUACAAACAGUCCCGCAGGACAGUUCGAGGCACGACUGGAUCUCAUUGCUUCGUUUGGCGUCUACCUCAAGCGCAUUGCCCACACGCAGUUCCGAUAUACCGAAGCAGCUGUUCUCGUGGGGUCUCUUGCAGUAUACUACGAGCAGUUUCGCAAUACUGUUCAGGAGUCCAUGCUGAAGGAGAGGAAGCCUUUAGAAGAUGAUAUCCGCAACUUUGUUCAGUUGGCAAGUUGGAAGGAUGUGAAUGUGGACGCUCUCAAGCAAAGUGCCAAGAAAACGCAUCGACAUCUCUAUCAAACUGUUCGGAAGUUCAGAAAAAUAUUGCGACAGCCAGUGACUUCAAUGAUGUCUAUAUUCGAUCAAAACCACAAAAACUCCGGGGAAAUCUCCGAAGAGGAACCAAGGGUGCUCAGCAAGCACUCAGAACCUCAGCUGUACAUACCAAAUGGUGCUCUGACGAUGGGCGGGACCUCGAUUCUUCAGUUAUCUACAUUGAUCGCACGUCUGCGAACGUUGAGGUCAUCAUGUCUGAGCAACUUCAUCAGCCAACACUCAUCAACACAUGUUGAGCAGCUAAGCUCCACGCUGAUCGGCACUAUGGAGGAGUUCGUGGCGGAGACCUCCACUGCCGUCGGCGAAGCGACGAAGAAGGCUCUAGUUGCUCGAAAACGCAAAGCGUGUUAUGACGCAUUAAAGGCCCUGAAAUCAUUGGGGCUCUCAUCACGCUUGUCCACCAGAGUGCUCGAAAUCCAGAAACAAAGGCAUCACCUUCUAGCAUACUGUGAUGUUGUCGGCUCAGAAGAGUCAUGCGAUCCCACGGUGGAGUUGCUCCGGAAGACCGACACAUACUUCUAUAGAUUGUGCGGAAUGAUUCCACUGUUGCGCAACGUAUUGAGCAAGCAUCACAAAGACAUAUCUACUCGAGAUCUGGAACGCGCAAUAGGCUUUGCCGAAUCUACGUUUGAUCAGGGACUGAAAGGACGACGUCUACUGGCACAAACGUAUCACACGCAUCGUAAUAUACAGAGGGUCCUCUCCCGCUUAACCACAACCAUCUCAUCUCAUUCAAAGGCGUACAUAAGGUGUGGAAAACCGGCGGAACACUACGUCCGUUCUCUGUCUACUGUGGCAGACGAUGUACUUUCGGUGCUGCGAGAAAUCCUGAAAGGCAUGCACCUCCUGAACAGGGUUUGCCUCCCGCGGACGGGAGAACCUGUUGUACAGCAUCGGGUUCUUGCGCUUGCUGAAGCCCAUGAACUUCUGGUGCAGCGUCUCACUUCGAUUUCUAAGGCCAUGAUAAGGACAGUACCUGCGAUUUUGCUCAGUGAUGAGAUCUCUGACUGUGAAGCGGCUCGGGUAGCGAUGCUCGAGACAUGUACCCUCCUCAAGAGGAUGUGGAAGGAAUACCCCGAAUACGCAACCAUGAUUGAGCCAGCUGAGCAGUGGCUGAGCGCUUCUCUUUGCGCACUUCACGAUAUCGAAAGCCAGACCGCAUCUGUUCAGUCUGAGGCGACCACAUCGCAAGCUCUGAGCAGUGAGAUAAUUGCAGAUGUACUCCUCACCGCCCAGCAACUAGCGCAACAUGCUGAUGAGCCACGUGGUGAUGCUUCUGGCGGUGUCCAGACGAUAUUCCAGAACCUCAAGCACAUCGUUGACUUGUUCCAGCUGGCGAAGAUUCAGCAGACCUUAUUCUCGCUGCUCUCAGUAACAGGGCACUUGGAUUCAACCCUCGACCCAUUGAGACAAGCAAUGCCCUUUCUGGAGGAAUAUUUGCAGAUGACAUCCCUGGCCAUAUGGGAGGCCGCUCGACAUAACAAGGCUACUUUCAAGCUUGCAUAUGUGCUACAUAAUGUGAUCAGAUCUAUUGCUUUAAAGGGCUUUUGCGGACCCCAGGAAGACCCAGCUCAUGAAGCAACAGCCAAUUCGAGAGCGGAACCUGAGGGAACGGGGAUCGGAGAGGGAACUGGUGCUGAAGAUGCGUCUGCCGAGGUUGAAGAUGAAAGUCAAGUAGAAGGAACUCAAAGGAAUACUCCUGUGCAUGGCACUGCUGAACAGGGCGAGGAACAAGCACACGAGAGCGAUGCCUUCGAGAUGGAACAAGAUUUUGAGGGCGCCCUCAAUGAUGUGAUGAUGUCUUCUGAGGGUGAGGAUAACGAUUCAGAUUCUGAACGACCUGAUUCGGACCUUGAUGAGACUGUUGGUGGUUUGGAUCGGAUGGAUCCUUCCGUUUUGGAUGAGAAGAUCUGGGGUGAUAAGAACACGCAAACCAAAGCCGAUGAUGAUCAACUUCCUCGGAAAGCCCCCAAUCAUUCGGCCCCCAAUGAUAACAUUGGCGCUCAGCGUGAGCCAGAUGAUCGGGACAAUCACGAUAGGCAGCCUAGUCUGUCACCGGACGACGGUACUACUAUGCCAGAUCUCCAGCAACAGGACUACGAUGAUGCUGCCAAUAACGAAGACGGAAUGAAUGGGUCAUUAGACCACAAUGACAUACCUUUGGGAGAUGCUCUCGACCUUCCUGAGGAGCUGAAUCUAGAGCAAGAUCAGGCAUCUGUGACCGAGACUGGCGUUGCCGAUGAAGACGUAGCCGCCGAUGAUGCACGAAGUGAGUCCGAUGGAACCCAUCUGUCAAUAUCCCAAAUCGAGGACAUGCCAUUCGAUAAGGGUGGUUCCGAGGACGCGGUUUCUGAGGAUCACUCUGCGCAAGUUCCAGAAAUAGGUACUGCAGGUGAAGCAGAUCACGGGAAGGGAGCAGGAGCUCAGACAGGAUUUCCCGGUACCUCCGAAGAUAGCCUAGAUUCGGCAAACACCGAUAUGCAUGUAGGACCUGCUACAUCUCGCGGAGAACAAGUAGAGCUGGAGGAUGGCGCAGAGGCUCACGCUGUUUCCUCCGCAUCUUUAUCCGUCCCGCAAGAAGGCUGCAACAAUCAGCGGCCGGCUCAGAAAGAUUCAGUCCCGCAGUCAUAUGGAGCUGAAGAAGACGGCAAGCCUUCCGGAGCGGAUCAGACGAGCAACGACGAGCGUCAAACUGGUGACACAAGCCAGCCAGCACUUCGCACGUACAGGGAAUUUCAAACCCCAAUUCAGCGAGCCGAAUUCCAGGAUAUAUCUAGCUCCGGUCCGCUUGAAUGGGCGCACGAGAAGGAUGAGAGGGUAUCAGACCAACAAGCGCUUGGAUCACGACGUCAGGACGAGGGCAUUCCUUUCGAGCAACUGAACCUGGAGGAUGAUAUCGAGAUUGAUAUCCACUCGCAAGAUGUAACAGAACACGCCGAGCCUCUGAUGCACGUGGAUCCUGAUGAGAUGUUGGUCGACGGCGGACGCGAACUUUGGCCAGCCCAGGAUCAGGGCAUCAGCGACAAUGAGUGUGAGAACGAACCGGAUAUUGACCCUGCACCACUUCGGUCUGCUCCUGGUGACCAGGUUAUCCCCACUUUCAAAGGCCAGCUGAACGAAGGAGCCGUCUUCUCAGGACACUGGCCAACAUACGUUGAUGCAACACAUGAUCUGGCAUUCUCUUUGUGUGAGCAGCUCCGACUUAUUCUCGAGCCCACGCGUGCCACUCGGCUUCAGGGCGAUUAUAAAACCGGCAAGCGUUUGAACAUGAAGAGGAUCAUCCCAUACAUCGCGAGUGACUUCACCAAAGACAAAAUAUGGCUACGACGCACCAAACCCAGCCGAAGAGAAUAUCAGGUGUUGAUUGCGCUGGAUGAUUCCCGCUCGAUGGCCGAAUCUAAAUCGAUAUCUCUCGCGUUUCACACUCUUGCCUUGGUGACAACUGCUUUGGGGAAACUGGAAGUGGGCGAUGUUGGGGUCAUUCGUUUCGGGGAAGAUGUAGAAAUCGUUCACGGAUUUGAACAAGGGCCCGUGACAGAACACGUUGGGGAAUACAUGCUGUCUCGCUUCGGCUUCUUGCAGACUGGCACCAAUGUGCAUAAUCUGUUGGAGGAGAGCAUUGCAAUGCUCUGCAAAGCUCGUGUACGCUCAACGCAACAAUCGGUCAUUGCCAACGAUUUGUGGCAACUCGAGAUCAUCAUAUCCGAUGGCGUAUGCCAAGGCCAUGAGCGCUUGCGAUCGCUGGUUCGGAGAGCAGAAGAAGAAAAGAUCGUCAUUGUCUUCAUUGUGCUUGAUUCCUUGCACGGGCAGAAGCUGCAGCUCAACGAAAACUCAAUUAUGUCCAUGAUGCAGGGCGCUUACAUGGAAGUUGAUGGACGCAUGGAAAUCAAAAUGACCAGAUAUAUGGACACGUUCCCAUUCACAUAUUACAUCGUUCUCAGAGAUGUUCAAUCCCUUCCGGAUGUCCUGGCAUCCACGCUUAGACAAUUUUUCGAGAUCAGAUAGCUCUUUUGCAAUCUAUUGAACAACCCCCGUAC